CACAACACAUUUCUCUUUAUUUGUGAGUUGUGUUCUGUGUAAUUGUAAUGUUUAAUAAGUACUAGAACUUUUAUUAAGGAUUUAAUUAAAUUAUCAAAAAGUUUAAUUACAAAUAUUUAAUGAGUACUGGAAUGAAUAAUAAGCAGCAAAAUCAGUCCCCUGAUUCAUCUCUUCAACAAUUUCCUCUACUACAAGGAACCUUUUCACCAACAGGAACAUUCAAUGAUUUCUAUUCUAUGUUACUGCCUUCCAAUCCUCCAGAUAGGAGCCAGAACAAAACUACAGAUCCUUUAUAUGUUUUCCCAGACUUGCCAUCUUGGGAUAGUUUCAAAUUGCCUGAAAAAAUUGAUUUAAUAGAAUUGACAAAUAAGGACUUAAGCCCAAGCCUUGGUUAUACUUAUAAUAACUACUGUGGUAAUAUUGAAUCAUUUGCAACAAUUGACAGUCAGUAUAAUAGAUUUGAUACUGCUCAAUGGAAUAAUACUUCUAGUUAUGGAGGAAUUAAAUCAGGAAGUUACCCAUCAUGUGCUGAAGUAAAUAAAUCAAUUCAUGGAAAUAGUAGCAAGUCAUCUAACUAUUGUAAUAUACAGAAAGGAUCUUCUGAUAAAGACUUGUACAAAAGUUGUGCUUUUUAUAACAGCAACCCUUACAAUAAGACCAUAGAUUCUGUCCCAACUUUGUAUGGAAAUUAUGGAGGCAGCUUUUCAUCAGCAGAAAGUACUUGCUUUGUUCAACUACCAGGUUCCUAUGAUUAUCUAGUCACAGAGAAGCCAGAGGAAAGUCAAAAAGAAAAUGUUGAUAAUUACUUGCAGAUUUUGGAGCAUCAUAGCGAAGCUUCAAAUGAAGAAAGUGAUAUUGUUGUAGAAGAUUCAACUUCAGACCUCAGUGAAGAACAAGACACAAAGAUUUUAUAUCAAACAUCGGUAUGUCUAAUCUGUAACAUGCAGUAUACUGCUGUGGGUUUACAAUUUUAUGUACUAAAUGAGAAAUAUCCGCUUACAAUGUCGAGUCAGGUACCAGUUAAAGAAAAAAUAUCAGAGUUUAUUGGUAAAACAAUUUUUUCUGAAAACAAUUAUUUAUGCAAUGAUUGCUUAGGCUUGGUAAAUUCUAUAGAUCAUUUACAAUUAAAGAUUGAGGGACGGGUUAAAGAUCUAAUGAAUAAAUUUAAAAUAAAUCGCCCACCAAACUACAAUAUUCCCAACGAAACUCAUACAAAGAAUACAAAGAGAAAAUAUGGUAGAUAUAAAUGUAAAAGAUGUAAAAUAGUUUUGUCUGUAAAAAGCCUUUUAAAAAGUCAUAUCAAAGGACAUUUACAUAAAUAUUUGUGUGAGUUAUGUGGAAAAAUAUCUAUCUCUAUAAAGCAAUUCAAAAACCAUAUAAAAAUUCACAAAAAUCAGAUUUCUUUUAUAAAAGCUUUUAAAUGUUCUAGUAAAUAUUGUAAUAAAUUGUUUCGCACUAAAUAUCAUUUAAAGGAACAUGAAAAUUUUUGCUCAGGUUUGCUGCCCUUUGAAUGUAAACACAUACAUUGCAAAAAGAAAUUUGCCUCAUCAACUAAAUUAAAAAGUCACAUAAAGUUGAAACAUGAUAAAAAAUUUAUAGCUAUUUGUUCAAUUUGUAACAUAGGAUUUGUAAAGGCAUCUGAUUAUAAAAGUCACAUGAUGAGCCAUAGCACGGAAAAAAAAUUUUCUUGCAAUAAAUGUGAUAAAUCAUACAAAACUCUAAGUAACUUGAAUUUCCAUCUUAAAAGCCACCUGAAAAGACUGCCCUAUAUUUGCACAAUAUGUCAAAAAGGUUUUGUGAGGAAGGAAUACCAUGAAGCACAUGUGAACAACCACAAAGGAAUUAAAAACUAUGCAUGUGCCGGAUGUGAAAAAAAGUUUGUGUCACAAAAAAAUUUGGAUGCACAUAUGAAAUGUCACGAUGGGACUAUAAAAACAAAUAAAUGCAAUAGUUGUAAGAAAAUAAUUGCAAGUAAGUUUGAGGAACAUUUAAGAACUCAUUCGAAUUAUAAGGAGUUCGACUGCGAUCUAUGUGAUAUGAAGUUUAAUACUAAAAAUUCUUUGAUUAAGCAUAAAAAAAGGAAACAUAGGGAAUGAACUACAUUUGUAAAAAAAACGGUAAGAGCCCAGAAUGUUAAUGUCGUUUCAUGCAAUUAUCUUUUCUUUCUAUUUUUAUGAAACAUUAAUGCAUAUAAAAUUUGCAGCAUUUUAUUUUUAUUGUGCUAUUUUUCUUUGUUUAUAUCGUAAUAGGCUGGAUAACUAAAUUCAAUUGUAUGUGUUGUGGACUUCAAGAUCUGUAAUUUUUAUUUUAUAGGAUCAUGGUAUCAAUUUAUAAUUAAGUAUAGACCAAACUGAACCCACAUAAAUAAAUUGAUUUUUAAAUCGA